AUGACUGGGCGCAGCGACAUGGAGCCGCCCGCCGCUUUCUCGGGCUUCCCGGCCCCGCCCUCGGUCGCGCCGUCGGGGCCGCCGCCGUCGCCGCUCGCAGGAGCCGAGCCGGGGCCGGAGCCCGAGGAGGCGGCCGCGGGCCGCGGGGAGCCGGAACCCGCGCCCGCGCCCGCGCCGGGCCCGGGCCGGCGGCGGCGGCGGCCCUUGCAGCGCGGGAAGCCGCCCUACUCGUACAUCGCGCUCAUCGCCAUGGCGCUGGCGCACGCCCCGGGCCGCCGCCUCACGCUGGCCGCCAUCUACCGCUUCAUCACCGAGCGCUUCGCCUUCUACCGUGACAGCCCGCGAAAGUGGCAGAACAGCAUCCGCCACAACCUCACGCUCAACGACUGCUUCGUCAAGGUGCCCCGCGAGCCGGGCAACCCGGGCAAGGGCAACUACUGGACGCUCGACCCGGCGGCCGCCGACAUGUUCGACAACGGCAGCUUCCUGCGGCGCCGCAAGCGCUUCAAGCGCGCCGAGCUGCCCGCGCUGCCCGCCGCGCCGCCCGCGCCCGCGCCCGCCGCCGGCCCGCCGCCCUUCCCCUACGCGCCCUACGCGCCCGGCCCCGGGCCCGCGCUGCUCGCGCCGCCGCCCCCCGCCGCCCCCGGCCCCGCGCCGCCCGCGCGCCUCUUCAGCGUCGACAGCCUGGUGAGCCUGCCGCCCGAGCUGGCGGGGCUGGGCGCCCCCGAGCCGCCCUGCUGCGCCGCGCCCGACGCCGCCUUCCCGCCCUGCGCGGCCGCCGCCUCCCCGCCGCUCUACCCGCCGCCGCCCGACCGCCUGGGGCUGCCCGCGACGCGCCCCGGCCCCGGCCCGCUGCCCGCCGAGCCGCUGCUGGCCUUGGCCGGGCCCGCGGCCGCGCUCGGCCCGCUCGGCCCGGGGGAGGCCUACCUGCGGCCGCCGGGCUACGCGCCGGGGCUGGAGCGCUACCUGUGA